CUCAACACAAAGAUCAUCAAGAUUGGAUAUCAACGACAUAUACUCGAUACAUUCAUUCCCCAUCUACUUCAAAGUAAUAAGAAUAUAGACAUGAAGAUACGUCUACUCUCCAACACCGUCCUGGAAACACGUGGCAAUGCCUUGGACAAGUUGUUGGACUCAUUGAUACAGCAUCUUCCAGAAUUUAACAAGAGUUAUAACAUUGAUGUACAGAACCAUCUUCUCCAUCUACUAUACUCCCUUCAUGAUCAGGACAGCGACCAAGAUCAUCCAAUUAUCAAGACCUGUCUAAUCAACCUUCUAAAGUCAUGGUCAGAUACCUACUUCACCAGGCACUGCACAGUGGAGCAUCACAUGAGCGUCACAAGGUCAUUGGUAUACUUUACACAAAGGAUUAAUGAUAAGUUGAUGGACAAGUAUCAGUGCAAGGGACUAUUUCUCAAGGGUAUUGAUGUGCAUAUUCAAUCGACUACACGACAUAUCAAUGUACAUGGCAUGAUACUGGCAGAGAUAUUCUCCACGUUUCUCCAACCAGACAAUCCACUCAAGUUUGAUCAUCUGACCAUCGAGGACAAACAGUGUCUACAUCUGGAUUUCACACCAACUUAUCGUCCAUCAUCAUCGGGUGAUCAGAAGGAUGACGAAGGCGUCCAAACAUUCAUCAAAGGUACAGACGAUACUGCUGCAGUAGCACCAAAGAUGGACCGAAAGAAGGAGAUUGAACAGAGACUGGAGAAGGAGUUUAGCAAGUAUGAUGAUCCAGAUAUGUUGGUCGUUAGAGAUGACAAUGAUGAUGAUGAUGUGGAUGAUGACGAUGUACAGCCUGAUGAGGACAUUGACGACGAUGACCUCAAACCAUAUAACCUGGAUGAUGACGAGUCUGAUCUGAAGGGCGUUCGUAAGAAGUUGUAUCUAAGAGACUGCAUAGUCGAGUUCCAAUCCAACAAACAUACAGCUGACUCAUGGGAGAGUGCACUCAUAUCGAUCGCAUCAAUCGUUUGGUCAAGGCCUGAUGACUUGGACGAGCUAAGUGUGUCAAUGACCAGAUCAUUACUACAUUUGACGAAUGAAUAUGAGAUUGAUAACUUUGAACCAAUUAGACAUGAAGCAUUGGUGGCACUGGCAGUCAACUCUACAGUGUUGGUGAUCAACUACCUCACUGAUGCAUUCUUUCAAAUGACCUUUAGUUUGGGACAACGACUUGAGAUAUUGUCCGUGUUGGUUGAAACUGCAAUGGAGUUGUCAGGCUAUAAAGAGGAGAAGGCCAAGCAGCUUAAAGAACAACAGCAAUCAACAAUCAAGUCGAUGGCCAAACACAAUCCAUUGAUUAUUGAUACCAACACUGCAUCAAACUCAAUCAAGGAUCACAACGAGAAUGUACCGAUCCAGUUUGUUGGUGUUACACGAAGAUGGGGAGUUUCAACGAGGCCCAAGGCCGACAUCAAGUCCAACAAGUACCAUCAACUAGCUCCAUCAUUCUUCUAUCCAUUCAUGACCAACUUUAACAAGGUUACACAAAGUCACAUCACUAGUUAUGCCAAUGUUAACAUGAUUGGAUAUGAUUGUUUCCUGUUAUCAAGACUGGUGUAUACGUUGGGAGUGAUUGUUGAAUGUGCUGGUAAUUCAACUCAUACAAGAGGAAUGGCUCGUGAACUUGUCAGUUUUGUCUGGCCAAUCAGAUUCCAUUCUGAUGUGAGUGUACGCCGUUCAACAUUAUUCACAUUAUCACGUGUAUUCUAUACAUUGCCUGACGACCAGAUCAAAAGCGACUACCAAGACGAACAAGAAGAGCUACAACAAUGGCUCUUUGGAAUAUCAAACGAGGACUCUGACAAGGAUUGUCGAAUAAUGUCGCUGGGAGUACUUUCCAAACUGAUGGAACAACAA